UACGCAGGAUGUGCUGCACAGAUCUUUUUCUUUGUCUUCUUCAUCUUGUCAGAAUAUUUUCUUCUCACUGUGAUGUCCUAUGACCGCUACGUUGCCAUCUGCAAGCCCUCUGAGCAGGGACGGCACAAAGCCUUCUCCACGUGCCUCCCUCACCUGGCUGUGCUCUCCCUUCUCAUCAGCUCUGCCUUUUUUGCUUAUUUGAAGCCACCCUCCAUCUCCUCCCCAUCCCUGGACCUGAUGGUGUCGUUUCUAUACUCGGUGGUACCUCCAGCAGUGAACCCCCUCAUCUACAGCCUGAGGAACCAGGAGAUCCGUGGUGCCCUCAGGGAAAUACUUCAAUAUACACUGUUUCUCCAUCAAAAAUAUAUUCAUCAUACUCUGAAGACUCCAAAAAGUUUAAGAAAAGCUUGA